CAUUCAUUCAUGUUGUCAUUCUUCAUUCUUUUAUGUAUUUUAUUAAGUUUGUUUUUUAAUUUCAAAAAUAAAAUUUUCAAGUAAUUGUUUGUAUGUAAGAAGAUAAAUAGUAUAAAAACGAGUGCCUGAGUAGUAAACAUAGCAAUAUGAGUAGUCUUAGUCUACCCGAAAAUUGUUCGAAACAAUGGGAAAUACUGCUCUUACUUAUUUCUUCGGAGGAAAAAAAAAUAGACAGGACUGGCGAUUCGGAAAUAGAUACAAUGAACUAUUUUUACAAAAACGAGGGAAUUCGGCAAAUUCUCCUUCAAUGGUUAAACCAAAUGAAAGCGACAUAUGCAAAAAAAAGAAGUGAAUCUGACACAGCUACAAAAUGUGAUGAAAUAGCAUUACUAUGGAGACAAAAAGGAAAUGACAAGUUCCGAUCUAACAAUAUUGAAGCAAGUUACAGUUACUAUUCGAAAAGUGUCACAUAUGCCAACCAAACAGGCCCAAUGUAUCCUCUUGCACUUGCUAACAGAUCAGCUGCACUGUUGCGAUUGAAACGAAAUGAGGACUGCUUGUCAGACAUUAAACUGGCGAUAUCCAAUGGCUACCCGUCAGAGUUACGUCACAAGCUCCUGCUCCGAAGAGCUGAUUGUCUUAUAGAGUUGUGCAGAACAGUUGCUGCACGAGAAGCAUUGAUUGAAGCAAAACAACAUGCAGCUACACUAAAACUCUCCAUGUCCCAUAAAGGUGAGUUUGAUCGCCAUCUUUGUGAUUUGGAAAAGAAACUGGAGGUUGUGAAAGAUGUUGACCGUUCUGAAGAAGAUGAGAUACCUGAUUUCUACAUGGGAGAGAACGAGGAGUUUGUUUCUGCCUCCAACGCUUUACAAUUGAAACGCAGCAAAGCAGCUGGUCGACACGUCGUAACCAAGAAAGCGACAAAACGAGGUGAUGUCAUAUUCUCAGAGGAGCCGUACGCUUGUGUCACGUUGCCGAAUGAAGGAGGGCGCUUAGUCUGCGAAACAUGCUGUCGAACUGACAUCAAUACUGUUCCUUGCAGUGUAUGUUCUCGAAGCUGCUACUGCAGUGAAACUUGUAGAGAGCAUGGUUUGCACACGUUCCAUCGCUGGGAAUGCCCCGGAGCCCAGUUUGAUUUGUUCCCUACUAUAGGGAUAGCACAUUUAGCUCUAAGGGUACUCUUAGUAUCGGUCAGCGCCGGUUUCCCCCAGCUGCCACUGGGGGCACGUACACCGACUUCAGCAUCCGAUCUCUUCAAUGGCUACGCAAACGUCGACAACGUUCAGAUAUACACACGGGACACGCCCCCUUUCUACAGGAUGUUCAAUUUGGUCACGAAUUUUGAUAAAAUGAACAGCACCGAUUACAUACAGUAUGCACUCACCGCAACAAUGCUGACUCUCUACUUGGAGAAUUUCACGACGUUCUUCGAUGAUUUGCCCGAUAAAAUUCCGUAUACGCUAAACAAGUCGCAGCUGCGUCUGUUCUCCGCUUCGCUGUUACUCCGUAGCCUGGGGCAGCUGGUCUGCAACGGACACGCGGCUUUGAGUCUGGCGACUAUCGAAGAGGACGAUGCGAAAGCCGGUAGGACGAUAUCUGAGCGAGAGGUGCGUCGCGCUACCGCCAUUUAUCCGUCGGCCGCCAUGAUGAAUCACUCGUGUGACCCGAACAUUGUAAAUACUUUCUACAACAGUCGUCUGAUAGUUCGUUGUUCGCGUGAGAUGCCCGUGGCCACGGAAGUCUUCAACUGCUACGGUCCUCAUCGUUCCAGAGAGACUACCGCCCAGAGACGAGCGCAACUCAGAGCUCAGUACAUGUUCAACUGUAUGUGCACCGCUUGCCUCGAUACUGACCGGAAGGAUUUUGUGUCUUUGUUCACCGCGUACGCUUGCCAGACGUGCAAAGGGCCGGUCCUGUGGUGCGGGAAGAGAGCCCUGUGUCAGCAAUGCCACGCUGAACUGCAAAUAGACCGAGCGUUGUCCGCUAUAGAAAAAGCCGAAGACUUGAUGGAUCAAGCUGAACGGGCGGCCACAGUUGAGGAACGUUUCGAGAAGGCUCAUGCGGCUUACAAAAUGAAACAGCAAGUUUGGCAUCGACACCACACGUCCCUGCGGGCUGCCGCCGAUAGACUGGCCAGAAUAUACGCUGAUUCCGGCGAGUUCAGUAGGAGCGUCGAGCUGAUCAAGCAAAACAUUCAGAGUUUGGAAUAUCAAUUCGGAUCGUUUAGCGUUGAGGUAGCGCAUGAGCUAAGAAAACUAUCGGACGUGAUGCUAGAGAGACUCAUCAACUUACCACAGAGCCCUGAAUACAGGGAAUGGUGUCUCGAAGCCCACAAGAUCAUAAAGAAAUCCAUACAGCUGAUGGACUUGAACUACGGUUCCUGGGAGCCUUUGGUGAAGAGGCUCAAAGAACAAGAAUCGAUAGUGGCUUCACUCCUCGCCCAUAGUCGAACCCCGGAACAUUCGGACACGAUACACAACAAUCUGCACUACAACCUGAAGAUAUAACACAGGUCCACCAGGGAAGCCUGCCACGUCUGCAUGGCCGCCUGGUCUCACUUCUCUUGUCGGUUCUUCAAACUGUGAAGGGUUCCGUUUGACAGAUGACACAAGUGACACGUGUCAAAGGCCAACGGCGUGAUUCGCGGUGGAUGUAAUAUUUCAAAAUUUACAAAUAGCUUUCAUGAAGCGCCCUGUAAACGAUCAAAUUUUAUUUUUAUUGCUUAGAUCGGUAGUCGCGCUCACAGCCCACCUGGUGUUAAGUGGUUACUGGAGCCCAUAGACAUCUACAACGUAAAUGCGCCACCCACCUUGAGAUAUAAGUUCUAAGGUCUUAGUAUAAUUACAACGGCUGCCCCACCCUUCAAACCGAAACGCAUUACUGCUUCACGGCAGAAAUAGACAGGGCGGUAGUACCUACACGCGCGGACUCACAAGAGGUCCUACCACCAGUUUGUUUGUCCAACUUUAUGUUUUUAUCAAAUAAUAGCUUAAACGAUCAAACAAGUUUGUUAAAACUUGCCCGUAAAUUCGAUUUUCUUCUCGCCGCAACAAGAUCAACGUGUCGAGCAACGACUGAGAUCUUGUUUGACAAACACCCUCAUACACGUUCAAACUUGUUUGUCAAACACGCCGUCAAUCAAGAUUUCCAUCAAAGACGUCAAACAUGUAGACUGUUUUAGAAACGCGUCAAACAAAGCUGCAUACUGUCAAAUAAUUUGACAAACAAUUUGAUCAUUUACAGGACGCUUUACAUUUAAAUCAUUCAAGUACGUCUAUUUAAUAUAAGUGCGUUCAAAACAUUCACAGUACGUGUUGUUUUAAGGCGCAGCGUUCGAUGAUGUAUUUCACAUGUCUGGUGUUAAACAAAAUAGUAAAGACAUUAUUUUUAAGUAUGGCUGAUGUGUCGCCGUCUCGCGAUCACCUACCGUAACUAGAACGUAUACGUUUUUAAUAUAUCGUAGCAUAUAACUAAUGGUUAUCGUAAAAAAAAACAAAAAUACUUUUCCUGAGGAAACUGAAUCAGCGUAGGGAUCAACGUAAAACGAACCAAAAAUAUAUUAAAAAUAAAAUGCAUUUUUCAAAUUUUAUAAUAAUGCUAUUUCCUCUUCUAUGUAAAUGACAAACAAUAAUAUAAUAGUGAGAUGCCGUGCUAUUAAUCUUGAUACUUUUAUAUUUGUGUUGUGUGACUAUUGUAAUAAUCGUAAGACGUAAGAAGUUAAUAAUAAUAAAGAAAACUGAAAUGAAAUUUGUAACAGAAAUCAGCCCAACAAACUUAUAUAUGAGAACUGUUUUUUAUAGUUUUUUUUUGUACUUUUGUAUGCUACAAAGAAAUCAAAUAAUAACGUGUCUAUACAGGGUGUCCCAGAAAGAAUGGAUAAUCCUGAAACACCUCAUAGUAGAGCUAUUGGGGACACAAAAUAAAAAAAGAUAAAAAAAAACUAGGUAGUACCCAAAUUAAAAAUAAAGAAAAAAAAACAAAUAUCAUGAUUAAAAUUUAAGUUCAGAUUAACUUUUAUAAAAAAUUACACUAGCUACUCAUACGAUUUCCUGCAUAUUCCUUAGUAUAGUCCAUGUAGAAUAUUAUAAUAUAAUAAAAAAAAAAAAAAUAUUUUGAUUUCCAAAUAGCUCUACUAUAAGGUGUUUCAGGAUUAUCUAUUCUUUUUGAAACACCCUGUAUAUUGAAAAUAGAAGAAAAGCUAUAUAUUUUAUAGACAUAAUCAACUUAAUUUAUUCUUAAGUACUUCAAAAUAUAUGAACUAUAUAUAACAUAAAAUUUAUUCUAAAUCAAUAUUAUAUUAAUAGAUAAUAUAAUAUAUAAAUCAGAAUUGACAGAAAGUGAGAAUAGUGAGAAAAUAUAGCAAUAAAAAUAAAUAAAAACAUUAUAUUUCUAUAAAUUUUGUCUUGUAUACAUUUACUACACCUAAAUAAAUAUAACAGUAUUUAGAUUAAAAUGUAUAGUUUAAUAUCAUGCCGAUGUGGUGCAUAUGAUUUCUCAUAGCAUGUCAGAAUUAAAAAGGGAUAUUUAAUGGAAUAUAUUAAAAAAUGGAGCUAAGUUAAUUAAAGUCAAUCGUCUAUAUACACAUAAAUACAUAUACUAAUGCUACACACUUUUGUUAUUAAAAAAUAAUAAUCGUAAAAUAAAUAGCAUUCCCGCCAAAACGUUUUUUUUUUUUUAUGUAUGACAAAAGGAUUUAUGAUCAGACUUUGUAUUUUAGAAAAAAUAGACGGUCACUGUUUUAUUUUACACAAUAGUUUAUUUGUUGCCGCAUAAAAAUAUAUUCGUAAAGCAUUAUUUUAUUCUAUUGACACAGUUAAAUACACUUGAUGUAUAAUAAAGGAUUAUAUAAAAAAAAAAAAAAACAAUGUAAAUAAUUAUAAACGAAAAUUCUAACAAUGAAUAAAUACGGUAUGACAAAAGUGAGAAUUAAUUUUAAGGAUUACAUAUUUUAAAUUAGAAGUAAAUAGUUUAUUUACAUUUAUGUGUUUAUGUCAUAAAAAUUAAAGUGUAAAUGAUUUAUACAAAUUACUGAUAUAAAAAAAAAACGAAUACAUUGAUAAACUUAUUUUGAUACACUUUAAUAAAAUUAUUGUCCUAUACGUUUUAUUAAAUAUUUUACACUUGCGAGCCUAAUGAAGAAGUCAUAAACGAAUAAAUAACUCGAUAAUCGAUUUUGUACAAAGCUAUUGAACAUAAAUAUUAAAAGCAACAUUAUUUAUAUACCUAAUAUAAUAUAAGAUAUAAAAAAAAAAAAUAUUACAUAAUUAUAAGUAGAUAAAUUGAUAGCUACUUUAAAAAAAAAGUUAAACUAGCAAUGGGGUAUUUGACUGUUAUGUCGUACAUGACUGAAGAAAUCUAUACAAAUAUAUAAAGUUGAAGUGUCUGUUUGUAAUAUUAAAAUAACAGCUUUUUACUAUAUGCAUAUGAAUGUGUAUACGGUACAUAUCCCAAAAUAACAUUUUUUACAAUUUUUGUCUGUCUGUUUGUUCCGGCUAAUCUGUGGAAGGGCUGUACUAAUUUUGACAGGACUAUCACUGGCAGAUAGCUGAUAUAAUUUAUAUCUUGUAAUUUACAUAGCUAUUUUAGGAAUAUUCUAAAAUUAUUAUCAUAUUAUAAUGUUUCAUCAAAUUCCACGUGGACGCUGGUGAAACUAUAAAAUAAAAACAAUAUUUUAUUUAACAUACCAUAACGGGUUAACUGACCCAUUUUGUACUUUUGCAUUGAAAUUUAUUGAUUUUCCUUUUGCAUUGCUUUUUUAUUGCUUUUACACAUUUGAAUUCAUAACUUUUUCUUACCAAUUAAUCUACAGUUAAUUAUACAUUAUUUUUUUUGUGUUUUGUUUAUUUGGAGUAAUACUUGUCGUACCUAUAUCGUUAUCUGCUAGGAUUUGUUGGAACAGUCGAAUGCCCCAUUUGCAUCCUCAAUAAUUGUAAGCUACGCCUGCAAGUGUGAUGUGUGCAAAGAAAGCAAUAAAUUAUGAAAUUGAUUGCCUUACAUAAAUAGAAACACUUUUCUAAACCUCUUACAUGUAUACUCAAACUUAUCGCGUAUAGUGGAAUUGUCUAACUGUAUUUGUGCAAUUUGUAAUGUGUUAUUAUUGUUACAAAUUUUUUUUACAUCUCGAUCGACAGUUCUAAUGAAAUUGAUUAUAGUAUUCUAACGAUCAGAUAAACGUUGUGAUGUCCAUGGGCCGAUUUGACACCGGAUAAUCAAAAACUUCCGCUGCUUAUUUGCGAGCGAAUACUCUAAUUAAAUAAGGGGACAUACUAAUUUAAUAACGACAUCCUUACACGAUCGAUUUGUAAAACAUGUCAAUAGUUACUUAUUUAGAGUUCACACUGUAACAUUUUAGCAAUAUAUCCAUAUUUUUGAUGAUAAAUUUUGAUAAUUUACUAUAUAUAAUAAAACUAGCACUCAUACUACUUGAUAAUAAUAUUAUAAUUAUAUUGUAUUUCUAAUAAUAUGUGGCUUCAUUACAAUAAAAUAGUCGAUCUGUAAUCCAAAUUAUACCUCGUGAAAAAUUAUUUGGAUUUAGUUUUAACGUAAAAUAAGCCAAGCUUUCGGUUGCUACCCUUGAAGUAAUGAGUUCAAAUCUCAUGUGAUUGAUGCCUAAAAUGACUAAUAAUUUUGUAUUAGGACGGUCGUGUAUAAUGUGUAAAACUGUAAAACUUUGAUCGAUUUUUUCCGUAAAUGUAACAUUAUUUGAAAUACUUUUGCAAUCAGUUACGGUUACGCAAAUACUAAAAUUAAGUUUUGAACACACAUUUUAAAGCCUUCGUCAAACAGAACGCGUAAUUAGCGCGCGUCAGAGCGCUAAACUGACGGCCCUACGACGCCGAGAUGUGUUGGACUACUGUGGUACUAUGUAUGUACUACUACUAGCGCCAGCGCUAUAGCGCUAUAAGCGCUAUAGCGCUGGCGCUCUGUUUGACGGUAUGUUACCACAGUAGUACAUCACAUCUCGGCGUCAUAGCGUAGCGCUCUGACGCGCGCUAAUUACGCGUUCUGUUUGACGAAGCCUUAAAAGUAUAGCGUCACUGUUAAAAAGUAUAAAUCGAGAGUUGAAAGCCUAUUUGAUUUAAAUGACAUUGCGCUUAACUUAAUAAUAAUAAUAAUAUAAUAAUAAGCCUUUUUAUUUCUUUUUUUACAAUCUUAGGUGGAUUAUAAUAUUACAUUAAACAACAAAUAUGACUUUUGUUAGCAAGUUAGCUCAAAAUUAUGUUAGUAAUAUAAGUACGUGUAUUAAAAUAAUUAUAAAUUAACAAGAAAGCCUGGUUUGGGUAAAGGCCUCCUCCAAAGGCGCGUAUUAAGAAUCCCACCCCAAGAUAUUUAGCUUAAUAUGCCAUAUUAAUCUUUGUAUGUAGUUAUAUGCCUUUUUUAUUUAGUAUUAGUAUUAGUGUAAAGGCAAUUUGAUUCUUUUAAUUCAACUUCAAUUAAGUUUACCCUCAUUUAAAUAGCUGAAGAAGUUUUUUGUUACGAUCUUUUUUUCAAACUUUAAGUGGCGCUUCUGUAAACUUGCAAAAAAUGUCGCUUAAACCAAAUAACGAUUCAACCCUCGAAAUUAUCAAACUGAAUAGAAAAGUUAUGUGUACGAACAGUGAAGCCAAAUUUUAUAUUGAGAAUUAAAUGUCUCAUAUAAAUUGUGGUGAACUCUAGCAACACUAAGCAUUCUUGUUGUUUUCUUUAAGAAAAAAAAAACAUUUUUAUUUAUUGCUUUUAUGUGUGGACGAGCUCACAGCCCACCUGGUGUUAAGUGAUUACUGGAGCCCAUAGACAUCUACAACGUAAAUGCGCCACCCACCUUGAGAUAUAAGUUCUAAGGUCUCAGUAUAGUUACAACGGCUGCCCCACCCUUCGAACCGAAACGCAUUACAGCUUCACGGCAGAAAUAGGCAGGUUGGUGGUACCUACCCGUGUGGACUCACAACAGGUCCGACCACCUUCAAACUAAAUGUUUUUAUUUCUGUUUCCUACCAAUAAUUUAAAUUUUCACGUGGUAUAUUGGUGUAAACUAAAAAAAAAACAUGCUUUAAUUGAACACAAUCAAAUGUUCCUAAUAAAUAAACGAUCAUUACGUGAUUUAGUGAUUAAUGUAAAUAAAAUAUCAAUAAAAUGUUAACUCAGCUUUUUACUCAAAUUUCCGUGCCCUAAUUAAAUAGCACUCUACAAAUAUAAGUUGUACUAGAAUUAUCUUUUAAAACUUUGCUCAUUUUUGUUUCACAAUAAAGUUAUGUUGACGCUGUA